ACCAAUACAUCAUCGGUGGUGAUCUCUCUCUCUCUCUCUCUCUCUCUCUCUCUCUCUCUCUCUCUCUCUAGUCUAGCUUCUACCGUCUCCAUGGGCAACAGAUCGUCUUCCUCAGCUAAGCCUGGCCAGUCUCCGUCCGAGACGGCGUCGAGAUGCCUCACGGAGAGCUUCACGGGGACCCACGAUUUUGAGAUUAUCAACUACUCGCUGCUCGUUGGCAUGGGCGUCGGCAAGUUCGUAAGCUCGAGCACAUUCUGCGUCGGUGGCUACAACUGGAAUAUCAGGCUCUAUCCGGACGGAGUCACGAAAGACCACGCUGGCAAAGGGUCAGUGUUUUUGCACCAUCUCUGCUCACCGGAUUCAAAGGGUGUGAGGACAAAGUUCACAUUAAGCGUUCUGGAGAAACACGGCCAAGUAACCAGGGCUCUAGUCGACCACAUCUUUCCUCGAGCUCAUACUAGUGACGGUUUCGGCUACACCAGAUUCUUCGACAAUUCAAAGCUGAAAUCAAUGCCAGACCUCUACUAUGGCUCAUUGACCAUAAGGUGCGUACUCACCAUCAUAAAAGAAUCUCACACGGAGCUUAAGACGAACCUUGCCGUGGCUCCACCGUCGAAUCUGCAAGAGCAUCUCCGGCACAUGCAUGUGGAUGGAGAUGGUGCAGAUGUGACAUUCAGUGUUCGUGGCCAAUUGUUCAAUGCCCACAGAUGUUUGUUGGCUGCACGGUCCCCGGUUUUCAAGGCAGAACUCUUCGGUCCGAUGAAAGAAAACUCAACUCGGUGCAUCGAGAUUGAUGACAUUGAGCCACAAGUCUUUGAGGCCCUUCUUCACUUUAUAUACACAGAUUGCAUGAUGGAUGGUUAUGAAGAAGGAAAAACUGAAAAUCUACAACACCUACUAGUUGCGGCGGAUCUAUAUGGAGUGGAGAGGUUGAGGGUUAUGUGUGAAGGUAAAUUAUGUGAUAGCAUCGACUUGAAAACAGUCGCGACAACGCUAACUUUAGCGGAGCAACAUAACUGCGGGGUUCUCAAAAAAGCAUGUAUUGAGUUUCUAGCAUCAGGGAAGACACUUGAAGCUGUGAAGAAAACAGAUUCAGAUGUAUUCAAACAUCUCGAGGCAAGCUGUCCUCAUCUCAUGCAGGAGAUUUUAUUCGCAAGGAUGCCUCCCAUGUGAAGUUGAUAAGAUGAUCAUGAGUCUAUAUGAAGUCAAUUUUGUGUAAGAAAAUGCUAGGGAUAUUUCAUGAAUUAGUGUACGCCAUAGACUAUAUAGAAAAAUUGUAUAGGUAGAAGAUUCUUUGAUUUACUUAAAUUUCACCUAGUACUCGUAUUUGUGCUGCUUAUUUUUUGAGUCCUUUUACCAUAAAGUCUCUUUACCAUUUAUCAAUUCAAUGUAGGUCAUUUA